GCGGCUGUAUAUAAACAGGUGUGCCCUCAGCGGUUUCAGUGGUUCAAACACUGACUUGUUUGGUGUCGUGCUGUGACCGUGUCUUCUCCUCUUUCUCUCUCGCUGGUUCUGGAUUAUGUGGAGGAGUCGGAACGAAUGACAAGUUAACACAAGUCUUCUUUCCCGGACUUUGAAGACUUUCUCAGAGCUGCUCGCCUUUUUUUUCUAUUUGGGGAAAACUUGAUCAGAAUCUUGUGAGAAGAUGGAAAACAAAGAGGAAUCAAAAAGUAGCUCAGUCAGCGUCUUGUCCUGGGAGCAGGUGAGCCGGCUGAACGAAGUCCUGACCGAUGUCGUGCCUGUUCAUGGACGAGGAAACUUCCCUACCUUAGAGGUGCGACUCAAAGACAUUGUUGCUUGGGUGCGCGCUCGCCUGGAGCUGAGUGGCAUCAGAGUAAAGGACAUCCGCCUCAAUGGCUCCACAGCCAGCCACGUGCUGGUGCAGGACAUCGGCUGGAGCUACAAAGACCUGGACGUCAUCUUCAGGGUGGACCUGCCGCAUGAGACGGAGUUUAGGGUCAUUAAGGAGGUGGUGCUCGGUACCCUGCUGGACUUUCUGCCCGAGUGUGUGAACAAAGAGAAAAUUACACCCAUGACUCUCAAAGAGGCGUAUGUCCAGAAGCUGGUCAAGGUCAAUACGGAGCAGGACCGCUGGAGCCUCAUCUCCCUCUCCAACAACAACGGCCGCAACGUGGAGCUAAAGUUUGUGGACUCAAUACGACGGCAGUUCGAGUUCAGCGUAGACUCUUUUCAGAUCGUGCUGGACUCCAUGCUUUCCUACUACGACCUCGCACAAGCUCCCAUGUCGCAGGCCUUUCAUCCUACUGUGAACGGGGAGAGUGUGUACGGGGACUUCAAGGUGGCACUGGGCCACCUGCGGAACAAGCUCAUCGCCACCAAGCGGCCCGAGGAGAUCCGCGGUGGCGGCCUGCUGAAGUACUGCAACCUGCUGGUGCGGGACUUUCGGCCCGCCAGUGAGGAGGAGUUCAAGGGCCUUGAGCGGUACAUGUGCUCGCGCUUCUUCAUCGACUUCCCCGACAUCGGCGAGCAGCAGCGCAAGGUGGAGGCCUACCUGCAGAGCCACUUCAUCGGCGAGGAGAAGAGCAAGUACGACUACCUCAUGAUCCUGCGACGGGUGAUCAAUGAAAGCACGGUGUGCCUCAUGGGCCACGAGCGGCGACAGACUCUCCACCUCAUCUCGCUGAUGGCCUUCCGGGUGCUGGCGGAGCAGAACGCCAUCCCAGACGCGUCCUGCGUCACCUGCUACUAUCAGCCGGCGCCUUACGUCCGAGACCAGAACUUCAGCAACUACUAUGUGGCUUACCAGAACAUUCCAACAUGGCUGCCGUGUAACUGACAAAACAAACAAAGGGAAAGGAUGUAGAGAAGGGCACUGCCGCUGCUUCUGAGCAGAGAGAAAAAGAAAAACUCAAAAAAAAGAAAAAAAUUAUAGAGGCAAUAAAUGCUACGUUUCUCUCAAGGCACAAUUAUAUUUAAGUGGACAAGUGUUUUGCUUUGUUUUUGCGAUCCUUUCUCAUUCCUUAUCUACAGAGGCUUCUGGGUCAUUGAAUAGAAAGCGAUAUUUUUAAGUGUUAUUUAGAUUUCUUUCUCAUGUUUGGUUGUUUUCCCUGUUUAUUAAGCUUAUUCUUAAUGGGAGUUCUGUUUUGUGCCUUGACCUCCAGGUUUACACCCCCACUAAUUUAAGUAUGGGCUGUUUUUUGUGAAAAGGAAAUUAAAAAAAAAAAGAAAGAAAAGUUAAAGCCUGGAUUUGGUGUAUAAAAAUUAAAUAAAUCAUGAAAAGGCAGAAAAAAAAUUUAAAUAAUGAAAAAUACUGUUAUUGUGGAAGGGAUAAUGUAAAAUAUUUCAGCCCAGUUUAAAAAAAAAAAAGAAAAGCAGAGCACUGGUGUUAAAAACAUUUAGGUCACUUGGAGACAGAUGAAAGGUGGCACAUGAAUAACUUUUGGUCACAUCAUACAAAGAAGGGGAAGUGAGAAGAACUGAUUAGUUUUAAUUCGUUUUGACAUGUAAAUACCCCUCACAGAGACGCGUGCUCUCCCUGAUAUCCUGACAGUGCCUGUAAAUUGUGUAUUUUUUUAAUUUUUCCACUGUGAAUGUCGGUAUAAAGACGCGCUCCCCACCUCCUCCGUCUUUAUCCGGUUUACUGGGUCUCGACUCGGGCUUUUUUGAGUGGAAAUGUGCAGUUCAAGCCUCAGAUAUGGACAUAGACUCUUGUGGGUCCGAUGAGAUUUAUGCCUCCCACCCUCUCCCUGUUUAAACCCCUGCAGAUGUCCCAGUCCUCUGGCUAUUGCAGGACGGGUCUGCGUGACUUUAUUUUUCUCCUCGCUCCAGGCUGCCCUGGUUGCCUGGAGCAGCGAGAGCUGGCUGGGAGUCCUGGAGUGUCGGGCCGCCUGGCUGUCCCUCGCCUUAAAAGGAGCAGCACAUGGUGGGGACCGCAGGGUCGUCCCUCACAACCAUUGCAGGCUCGGCAGCGGCCCUGAAAUGGGAUCCUCCUCUGACGCAGCUUUCAAACUACAGGCUGUCUAUAAUUAUCCUCUUUUCUGUGUUUUUUUUUUUUUUACUGUUUUUCCUGGGGGAGGUUCCGUCAGAGAAGGGAACCAGGCAUGGGUGUGCGAGCAGCAGCAGUAGUAUCCCUGCCACUGUGUGCAUGCGGAGGCAGAACCACUUCCCGUCCUCCCCUUUCUAGUGCCUGCUGGGACCACGCAGUGUUUGAACCCCUUUUGUGGUCAUGGGGAGGACGCCGCACCGUUCCACUGGUAUGUUUAGAGAUACACAAGCAUGUCUGCUGGAGUGAGGGAUACCACCCCCCCCUUUUUUUUUCUUUUUGGACUAGGAGUUUGAUUUACAGAACUGUCAUGAGCCACAAGGCCAAACCUCACCUCCCACCUCCCCAUCUUAUGAAUUUCUAUUUCUAGCCAAACCUAUUAUUAGCUGUGAAUUUUGCAGUGUGGCAACGACUGGCGUUAAAAACCUGUCACCUGCUCUUCCUCCUCCGACGUCAUAGCGUCCAGGUUUGAGGAGAGAAAAGUUCUCAAACUUCUUCUACAAGUGGCAGCUGCUGUGCGUCAGAGAUCCCCCUCCCCACUGUCCCACCCCCCUCACUCUCUGCCUGUCAGUUCCUCCGAGGGCAUAUUCCUCUUGUGUUUUUACCAGAUAACCGGCAGCAGCACUGCCGGUUAUCUGGCGGCCUCACAGCUCCGAGCUGGUAGUUGGAGAAGUGGUCAGAGAGGACGGGUCACCUCGGCCUCCCCCUGCAGGUCACGCCCAGGGCAGGGGCACAAUGUGCCGACUCAGCUGCUGAGCUUUGGUACAGGAACUGUUGUUUUUCUUUUGUUAACAUGUGAAGUGCCACACUUUUUUUUUUCUUCUUCUUUUUUUGUCUCACUCUGGACCAAAGACUGCUUUAUAACCAGCAACUGAUAAAACCAAGUGCCUUUCACCUUUUUUUGGAGAGCGGUGCAAGUUUUUAAUUUUUGUGGUUUCUUUUCAGCCCCUUUAAAGCCCAUGAUAUUACAGAAAAUUUUGGUUUGGCAGCAAAAUUAGUAAUUUAAAUACUUUUUUUUCCCCGUCAUUCCCGUAAAGUCUUUACAGCCGUUUUGUUUUCAAGUUUUGCCGUCGCCGGCAGCUAUGUUGAUUAUUUGACUGCCUGCUGCAACACAAACCACACUAUACAUUUUGAUUUAUCUCCCCUCUCAAACCAAACCAAAGCAAUAGCUGAAGUGCACUGACGAGCCACACUGUGGCGCCGUAGCUGGACGUCUCUCAGCGGUGGAGACGUCGGCACUAACAGAAAGCUUUUUUUUUUUUAACAGAGGCCUUGUUAUACUUCAAACCCCAGCCACCUGAGAGGAAUGUCUUUGUAGUGUUGACGUUGUGAGGAAGAUGCGCUGGCUCUCAGGGACAUAACUGUGUGUGUGACAGCUUUGGUUUGUCCCCCCUGUUUUUGUUACGGGAGCGUGAAUCUCGAAUCUCUCCCUGACGUUGUGACAACGCCUCCUCCUAACACUCACUUUUUUUUUCUUUUUUUUUUUGUUUGAUAGCUGGUAAUUCUGACUGCUCUACGCUGAAGGUUCUAAUCGUGGUAAAUGAGACGAGCUUGCUCGCACAUUUCGGGUCGUACGCUGUGCCAAACCCAGGGGGCGGACACAUUUAUUGAUCAUCAACGCAGAAUCUCUCAAUCCCAGUUUUCAUUAUCUUCUAACUAAGUGAUGAUCAAUUAGAUUCCUGUGACGUGAACGUCGGGAGGAGUAGGUGUGUCUUGACAUUCGAUGUUGAUCACAGCCUGGAAUGUUAAACUGUCAAUCAUGGCUCUUUGUGUGUGUUUUUGUUUUUGUGCGUUUGUGUCGACAUCCACGCUAAAUUCACGUGUUUACGGUUAUUGUGACUUUUUUUUUCGUCCCGUUUUUAUCCUGAUGCCUUAAAACGUGUUUAAUGAGAUUGUGACCUUCCUCGUGCAGCAGGGGUCGUACUAAAUCACUUAGUCAGUGUUGACGUGCGUCUGAUGUAUGAAUUUUUCUUUUGUGGAGGAUGUACAAAAAAAUGAAGGACUUUUUUCUUUUUUUGAUGAAACCCGCUUUUUUUCUGCUGUAAAUUUGUCAGUGUUAUUUGAUCCGUUUGCUUCUCGCUCACCUCGCCUUUAGGUCGGUCGUCCCACGUGUUUGGGACUUUGUUUAUUAAUUAGUGCAGCGUGUUUUUGUUUUUGUUGUGUUGUGUUUUUUUUUUUCUUUUGUUUAUUUUUUACUGAAAACACCUGUAAAUGGGAGUCUUUACUCGGGGGUGCAGUGCAGAGAAAGCUGUGGAUGAGUGAUCUUCAGUGGUGACUCUGGUCUAAAAGUCUUACAUCAUAGGAAUGUGUUGGAGGAAGUUCUCCUGCAGUUUCUACAUGAAGUCUUUUCUUUUCUUAUUUGCAGCAGAUUUGUAUUUAGGUUCAUGUGUGGAGGGCGUGUGUGCGUUUGGUUUGCAUGUGUGUAUGAUAUGAUGACGGGGGACAUUUGCAAGUUAAAGAGAGAGAAGAAGAGAAAAGUGGGGAAGGUAUGGACAUUUUGUGGCACUAUAUGCAUAUAUUUUUUUUGAAAUAGUUAAUGAGAGGAAGCUUUUUUGUCGGCUUUGUUGUGAUUGUGACGAUGACUUUCGAUGGUUGCAUCCAUUAUACUAUUUCAUUUAUCAGCACUUUUACCUCACUUGAGUUUUUCCCUUCGAAUGGAGAUGUUGGUGUACAAUGUGUUUGAAGAGAAAAUGAUGAAUAAAGAGUAUAAAAUGCAAA